AUGUUUCAUCGUUGUACCAAUUCCUCAUUACCGUAUCAUCCAGUGUCAGAAGGUAACCUUGCAAUACUUAAAUUCCUUCAUUAUAACCAUUUGAUUACUGAGUGUGAUACCACUGUUUUCGAUAUUGCAGCAAGUUGUGGUUAUCUCUCGAUUGUUAGAUUCCUCAGUGAAAAUCGAACAGAAGUUUGUACUUCAUCUGCUUAUGACGAUGCCGCUAAAGGUGGUCACCUCAAAGUUUUCAAAUAUCUAAUAGAGAAUAGAACCGAAGGUUUUACAGAACAAACAUUCCACAACGCAAAGAAAUUCAAUAGAAACAACAUACUUCAAUACAUCACAGAAAAUAAAUUAAAAGCAAAUAAAAGAAUAAAGUCUAAUGCUAACCGUGACGAUGCAUUCAUUGCUGCCGUAACCAAGCCUUCCAUUUUCCAAUAUCCAUUUCGCCAGGCAUCGACUAACAUCCAAGUUGAAGCCGAUGAUGAGACUGUUUCCGAUGAAGACAUUGUUUCCGAUGAAGAGAUUGACUCAGAUAACGACUCUGUAACAGGAUACUUGAUUUCUCUUAUUACAUGUUAUCUUUUAGAUGAAAACUAA